UCGUCUUCGUCUUCGAAGCUUCUCCCUAACUUCCCAUAUCCAAAUCCACACUUAAUUAAUUUCUCCAUCUCACAAUUUUAACUACUAAUUCUCUAUAAUUAUUAACAUGUCAAAACCCUAAUCUCUCUGCAAAUCCAUUCAUUUAUAAAUCUGGGAUCAAUCCAUCCAUCCUUCCAGUUCCAGGUGCAGCAGCAAUGGCGCUCAAAGUUCUGUCGGCGCUGGACUCGGCGAGGACUCAGUGGUACCAUUUCAAGGCCAUAAUCGUCGCCGGAAUGGGCCUCUUCACCGACGCCUACGACCUCUUCUGCAUCCCGUCGGUGAUGAAGCUCAUCGCCGCCAUCCACUACCACGACGACGCCAACUACGAUUUCCCCAGCGCCAUCUACUCAGUAAUGCUGGGAACUUCCUUGCUGGGCACCGUCGUCGGGCAGCUGCUGUUCGGCCACCUCGGCGACCGGAUCGGCCGCCGGAAAGUGUACGGCCUGUCGCUGAUGCUGAUGGUGGUCAGCUCGCUGCUCUGCGGCCUCUCCCUCGGCACGUCGCGGGCCUGCGUGAUGCUGUCGCUGGGGUUUUUCCGGUUCACGCUCGGCCUCGGAAUCGGCGGCGACUACCCGCUCUCCGCCACCAUCAUGUCGGAGUUCGCCAAUCGCUGGAAGCGCGGCGCCUUCAUCGCCGCCGUGUUCUCGAUGCAGGGGUUCGGGAUUCUGGUCAGCUCGGCGGUGACCAUGGCGGUUUGCGCCGCCUUCGACCGGGCCACCGGGUCGGCGGCUCCCGACGAGCCGACGCCGUGGGUCGCCGACCUCGCGUGGCGGCUGAUCCUCAUGCUCGGCGCUCUGCCGGCGGCGCUGACGUAUUACUGGCGGAUGAUGAUGCCGGAGACCGCCAGGUACACAGCGCUGGUGAAGAAAGACGUCGAGCAAGCCGCCAUAGAUAUGCAGAAGGUGCUAUCAGUAUCCCUAAGCCAAAUUACAGAAGAAGUCGAGGAAGACGAAGAAGAAGAAGAAGUUUCUAGAAGCUACAUAAACCCCCAAAGCUCCACAAUAAACUACCCCCUCUUCUCAAAACACUUCCUCCGCCGCCACGGCCGCGACCUCUUCGCCUGCGCCGCCUGUUGGCUAAUGGUCGACGUCGUCUACUACAGCAACAACCUCUUCGCAUCCCACAUAUACAAUCCCCAUCCCAACAGGUCUUCCCAGAACCACAGAUUCAACGCCUUCAGAGAAGCCCUCCACGUGGCCAAAAUCCAAACCCUCAUAUCCAUUUCUUCGACCAUCCCAGGAUACUUCGCAACGGUCUUCUCCAUCGACCGUGUCGGGAGAGUCAAGAUUCAGAUGAUGGGAUUUCUAUUCAUGGCCUUAGCCCUCGUCGCCACCGGAAUUCCGUACCGCAGAUUUUGGGAGAAGAAAGCAAAUGCAGGGUUUUUGAUCCUCUAUGGCCUAACCUUCUUCUUCUCCAAUUUCGGGCCUAACACCACCACUUUCAUCGUCCCCGCCGAGCUCUUUCCGGCGAGGCUUCGAUCCACGUGCCAUGGAAUCUCCGGCGCGGCCGGAAAAGUCGGGGCUAUCUUAGGGUCUAUAGGGUUUCUUUGGGCGUCACGUGAUGACCUCACCGGAAAAGAUAAAGGGAGCGGAAUUCCGGCCACUCUGGUGACACUUGCUGGCGUUUGCGUCGUCGGAAUGAUCGUGACAUAUUUUUUUACGUUCGAGACUAAUGAGAGAUCGUUGGAGGACAACGAGAAGGCCGACGAUGGAACCAACGGCGCGUGGGUAUUGCGCGGCUUCGGCGGCGGCGAUCUAUGCCGCCGGCGGCCGCCGCCUCAAGAAAGCAGUGGUGCUUAGUGGGUGUACGUAUGUGCUGUAAUUAUAGUGUAUACAAUGUAAAUUUACAAAUGUCAUCAUUUUGAAGCUUAA